AGCCGGCAGCUUCCCCUUUUUCUGGCCUGCUCCAGGCGCAGGACUCUUUUCCCCUCAGUGCCUUGGAGUAGGGGACAGCGGCACCAUGGCCCCCAGCAUGGCCAUCCGCCAGACCUGCUGCUGCUUCAAUGUCCGCCUCGCAACCACUGCUCUGGCCAUCUACCAUGUGAUCAUGAGUGUCUUACUGUUCAUCGAGCACUCCGUGGAGGUGGCCCGCGGCAAAGCCUCCUGCAAAUUCUCACAGACAAGCUACCUCAGGAUCGCUGACCUGAUCUCCAGCUUCCUGCUCAUCACCAUGCUCUUCGUCAUCAGUGUGAGUCUGCUGAUGGGCGUGAUCAAGAACCGGGAGAAAUACCUGCUGCCCUUCAUGUCCCUGCAAAUCAUGGACUUCCUUUUGUGCCUGUUCACCCUGCUGGGGUGCUACGUGGAGCUGCCCGCCUACCUCAAGUUUGUCUCCCGGAGCAGGGCUCACCCCUCCAGGGUCCCACUGAUGACCCUGCAACUGCUGGACUUCUGCCUAAGCAUCCUAACCCUCUGCAGCUCCUACAUGGAAGUCCCCACCUAUCUCAACUUCAAGUCCAUGAACCACAUGAAUUACCUCCCCAGCCAGGAGGGAAUGGCUUACAACCAGUUCAUUAAGAUGAUGAUCAUCUUCUCCAUUGCCUUCAUCACCGUCCUCAUCCUGAAGGUCUACAUGUUCAAGUGUGUGUGGAGAUGCUAUAGAGGCAUCAAGGCCAUGAACUCGGCCGAGGACAGGAGCAGCUCCAAGAUACUCCAGAAGGUGGUCCUGCCGUCUUACGAGGAAGCUGUGUCUCUGCCACCCAAGACUCCGGAGGGGAAUCCAGCGCCUCCCCCAUACUCUGAGGUGUGACGUGCACCAGGCCCGAGCCCUGGUGCUGCGAGGGGUGGAGCUGCCUUGCAAUCCACUUCUUUGCUUUGGUGGCCCCUGUGGCCUGGGUGAACCACCAGGCUGACGUCAGGACAAUCUGCUUGUGUUCCCCUCGCUGGUCUGCUUUUCUUGCAGGGCCUGGGUGAUGCUCACAAUUGGGUCAAUCCUUUAGGCUGAAUGACUCCUUGGGUCUCUCAAAAAUUCAGUCCAAUGACACUUGGCUUAUUUUGGUCAUCUCUGACAUUUGUUUAAACAAUUGGUCAUUCUAAAUUCAGUGAGUUUGGUUAAAAAGUUUUCAGCUUGACCAGUUUAAUCAAGAGGCUGAUUGUCAGUCCGGUAAUAUAAUUUGGUCAAACAAUAGUCCAUUGCAUUGGUUUGUAAAUAGUUGUCAGUUCACGCAACAAUUUAGUCAAGUAAUCAUCAAUUAGUCCUCCCCACCAAAUCAUAUAUCCAAUUUCUUCAAAUAGCUUGCUUACAUGUGUAUCAAGUUAGCCAACCAUCAAUCAAUUUAGAAUAGAGAUUAAAUGCAAUAAUUUAAAAAAUCAGAUUAGCCCCAAACCAUUCAGUUCAAUCUAAUCCAAUAACUGGCUGUCCACUCUGGUCAGUUCGGUACUUCCGAGCGUCUGAAUAGCUAGACAAUAGCCAAACCAUCAUUCAACAGCCUGUUCCAGGAAGUAACAGUAGUUUCAGUCAUCAGACGACCCCUUCCAACACACAUGGUUUUGCUCAAGAGCUGUCAUCGUUAAUAAUCAGUCACACACGGUCAGAGUAGUGCCCUAGCAGUGGACUCUGUGAAACAGGUCUCCUCCACCAUGAUCAUCUCUCGUAACAAGCUGUCAGUCCAUUCCACAGGCCAGUCCACCCAUCACCAUCGUGGUGGUAGGCAACCCAGUUCUGUACGAUGCUUAUGAUCAAACAGAAAUUCAGCCCUGAAAUCAGGUAAAUCCAUUUGUUGGACUAAAUCCACAGGUUAGUUCAGUCAAAACAGGCAAGCCUUUUGUGGGUGCAGACCCUGCCAUGGAGGCUGGUGUUGGUGGUGCCUUAGGGAAGGCCGCAACACCCCCUCUUUUGCCUGCUUCUCUGGGGGCUGGAGCUCCUGAGGGAGCUGACCGAAAGGUGGAGAUAGGGCCACGGAGGCAGGUUUUCUGGGGUCUGUUAGGGGGGUACAGAGAGAGAGGGCUGUGCAAGAGACUCCCUACUAAUACCUGCUCAUGUAAUUGCUUUGUGUGGGAUGGGGAAGAAAUUUCAAUAAAGCAGCAACGUGCUUCUCUUGGG